CAAUUCUCACAGAUACACCAUGUUUGUCCACGUGCAGUCAUGUUUAGUUUAGUGAAGCUAUUUUGUUUGAAUAAGCUAUAGCUAAUGCAGUCAUUUACAAACGACUUUCUGUUGGACUGAGUAUUUUGUGAAGGGACUGCUGUAUGUUGCCUAAAUCUUUUUAGAUUCUGUAUAGUGUAAAUGAAGCUGCUAACCAUACAUCGGACAAAAUGAACAAAAGAGAUGACACCCCCAAAGACCGCGGAUGCCUUGUAGCGAUCAUAUUCUUCAUCCUUGGCCUGGGAACACUGUUGCCAUGGAACUUCUUUAUGACGGCAUCUAUGUAUUUCAACAACAGACUCAAUACUUCUGAAUGGAAGAAUGGAACAAUAACGACUAGGAAGGAGUAUUAUUUCAAUAACUGGAUGACUCUGCUUUCCCAGCUGCCUUUGCUGCUAUUCACUUUGCUCAACUCUUUUCUCUAUCAGCGGAUCUCAGAGAGGAUGAGGAUAGCAGGCAGUUUAGUCUUCAUUCUCAUCCUCUUCAUCCUCACUGCUGUCCUGGUGAAGAUCCCAAUGGAGGAGGACAGAUUCUUCUCCAUCACCAUGGCAACUAUCUGGUUUAUCAAUUCAUUCGGGGCUGUGUUACAGGGAAGUCUGUUCGGUUUGGUGGGUUUGUUGCCGCAGAAGUACAGCGCCUUCUUUAUGAGCGGACAGGGACUCGCAGGGACAUUUGCUGCUCUUGCAAUGAUCCUCGCUAUAGCAAGUGAAACUGACAGUGAAACGGCAGCUCUGGGUUAUUUCAUCACUCCGUGUGUUGGGACCCUUGUCACGCUUAUCAGUUAUAUGCUGCUACCCAAACUGGAGUUUGCCAGAUUUUACCUGGACAGCAAAAGCAAGAGUUAUGAGCUUGAGAUGUCCAGCCAGCUACUGCCUACAGGUGCUGUGGAAGGUUGUGAGAACACGAGCGAUCCGUCUAAUGGCUCUGUGGUUAACGGGAAUCCUAACAAAGGUGUUAACUGUGUGAGUGAAGAGGAGGGUUGCAAACAGGCUAUCCUCACGCUGCAGACAGAAAACGCAUCCACCCAGAAGAGCUCCGUCCUGCAGGUCUUUAAAAAGAUUAGGGUUAUGGCGUUUUGUGUGACAUUUGUAUUCACAGUAACACUGUCAGUUUUUCCGGCUGUUACCGUGGAUGUGAAAACUGUCUAUGGAGGAAACUGGGAACGGUACUUCAUUCCUGUUGCUUGUUUUCUCAUCUUUAACAUGAUGGACUUUUUGGGCAGAAUUUCCACAUUAAAAUUUAAGUGGCCCUCUAAAGAGAGUCGUUUGUUCCCAGCGCUGGUUGUCUCUCGUGUGGUCUUCGUGCCGCUGCUCAUGAUGUGUAACGUGCAGGAGAGACACUAUCUGCCUGUGUUUUUCUCAAACGACGGGAUAUUUGCCGCAAUCAUGCUGAUUUUCUCCUGGUCCAGUGGAUACUGUGUGUGUCUGUCCAUGACAUAUGCACCACAGCUUGUGGGGCCUGCAGAUGGGGAGACGGCCGGCGCAUUAAUGACGUUUUUUCUGUCUCUGGGUUUGUCGUUGGGAGCAGCUUUUUCGUUCCCUCUGCGCUUCCUGGUCUGACACUCGCAACCACACUCUCAUUCCCCAAACCAACCGCUCUCAGGGCAUCUGCGCUGAUGCUUGUGCAUCAAUCUGUUCACACACAGUGGACAAAUUCAAAAUGGAAGCACCGACACUUGGUUUUAUUUGGCAGCUUAAAAAAACACUUACAAAAUCGGUAUGCGGUACUAAAGGGAACAAACUGUACAGUCAGUUUAAAGGGACAGCUCAAAAAGAGUUUUCUGUGAUUCCUCCAUAACAAAAUUCAGCAUGCUAACCAGUUUUCUUCAAUGCCAGUAUCCACUAGGGCUGGGUGAUAUAUCAAAUAUUCAUGGUGUUUUAAUUAUUCUGUUGGUUUCUGCGAAUCAGUUCAGAAUGUCAGUUUUUGAAUCAAUUGCAAGAUCUGAUUCAGUGAUUUGUUAAAUAAAAAUAAAAUGUUAGUUAAAAACAUACCUGUACAUGGGUAUAUAAUAUCUUAUGUAUUGUUAUAUUGGUACACAUAAAAUAAGUUUAAAAUUAUUAAAUAUUCUUCCUUGUUAAUUUUGUAAUUUAACAUUUUAACAUUUUUUUUUUUAAGUGGAAAACAUUGUUUAUUUAAAACUAGACUUGAACUGUGUUUACUCUUUGCAUUAUCAGGAUAUAAUGAUAUAUAAUGAUAAUGAUCAGGAGCAUGUCCAAGCUGACAAAAUUACAAUGACCACUGAUUAUUGCCCAGCCCUAGUUACUAGUAUUAUUGUUACUACUGUUAAAGUAAUAUAGGAUGCUCUUCUGUUAAAAUCAGUCACUUAAUUUCUGUUGUAACGGCAGCAGUUGUUGGUGGAAACUGUUAUUGUGCUAAAUGGAUUAUACAACAAAAGAUUUACUUUCUAUUAAUUUAUUUUGAAUUUUUAUGUGGUUUAAGGGAAAAAAAAGUACAUUCAAGGAUUUCUAGUUUUGAAAGGGACACACACACACACACACACACACACACACACACACAAACAAACAUAUGUACAGUGGGGUCCAAAAGUCUGAGACCUGUUUCGUAAUCUAAUUUAAACUUUGUAUUGCAUAAAAUAUCUAUGACUCUGCACUUUUUCUAGGUCACUAAUGAAAUGAGCAAAAAAGCUGAUGUGAAGGUUGGAUUUUCUUCCAUUAAAGCACACAACAUGCUCUUUGCCCAAGUCAUAACAUGGAUCAUCAGAUUUUACAUAAGCUUACUGCACUACAGUGCAGUUAAACAACUUUUAAAGCAUGUGUUUUUUUUUUUUGUUUUUUUUGCUCCAACUUUUCAUAUCAGUCUGAUAAUGGGAAAAAUAUUAAUAUAAAAAAAUUGCAAAAUAGUGCACUAUAGUAUCAAACUUAUGGACUCCACUGUGCGAUUGUGUUUGUACUGUAAUGCAUGUAACAUCAAUCAUGUAACCUGUUCAAACAUACAUAUACAUACAGGUAUUCAAUGCAAGAUUUUCAAAACUUUUUUUCUUUAUGGUCCUGCAGGAGAGACACAAGUAUAAAACCGACAAUAUUUCAGAGAAAAAUAAUGUAAAAUUAAAGCUGCAAGCAGCGGUGAAAGGGCCCUGGGCUCACCACCAACCGAUGGCAUUAGAAAAACUUUGAACUGUGGGCGAUGUUCAUUUAAGCGGAUAAAUAGAGAAGAAGACUAACUGACUGAGCAAUUACGAUAGGGUCCUCACACCAUCGGUGCUCGGGCCCUUAAAAAAAAAAAAAAAAAAAAAAAAACGGCUAAUAUUUAUCCAAUUUGACAUUAUUUCCAUUACGGUCUGCUUUGUAAAAGACUAAAGAUGAGGGAAAAAAAAUAAGAUUAUUUAUUAUUUUAUUGACAACUAAUAGUAGGUAGAGAUUUAUGCUUUCUUAAUACAUCAUAAUACAAUAAUAUCUGGAGAAUAUUUACUUUGCAAUUUUUUAUAUAUAUAUAUAUAUAUAUAUAUAUAUAUAUAUAUAUAUAUAUAUAUAUAUAUAUAUAUAUAUAUAUAUAUAUAUAUAUAUAAUGAUUUUCACUUUUUUUGGCUUUAGGGAAAUGACUAUAAAAGCCAAUUUUUUUAAUUUGUUGUAUUUACAAAAUUAUCGGUAACACUUAAAAAUAAGGUCUCAUUUGUUAACUAACACGAACUAACAAUGAGAAAUAUUUUUACAGCAUUUACUAACCUUUGUUAAUGUUAGUUAAUAAAAAUGUUCCUUAGUUUGCAGUGCAGUAAUGCUAAUGUUAACUAAUGUUAACAGAUACAACUUUUGAUCUUUCAAAUGUAUUAGUAAAUGUUAUUAGUAUAAAUAAGUGCUGUAGAAGUAUUGUUUGUUACUUUGUGUUAACUAAUAUAGUUAUUUAAUUUUAACAAAUUAAACCUUAUUGGAAAGUGUAACCAGAUGAUCAUUAUUUGGGGGUCCUUGUCAUGAAAAAGUUUAAAACAUCUAGUAAAAUGUAAGGGGAACUUCAUGUACAAUUUUCUGUAAGUGAAACUGGCCAGUAAACUCUUGUAAUAUUUUAGUUCAUGUUUAUACUCCAGUAACCUGGACCUAAAAGGGUAGAUGUCAUCCUCUCAUGUGUGAACCUGUGCUCAGCAACACUGCCUUAGACAGAUCUAACAAGAUUUUGAUAUGUAGUAAAUUCACUCUCAUGCAUAUGGAAUAUGAAGCUAUGUAAAAGGGAAAAAAAAAAAUUGUGGAACUUAUGUUGUAUGCUGGAUUGUACAAAGUGCCAUGUGAAUGCGAGAGUGUGUUUUUAUAGAAACAAUGUAUCUGUGCAGACUGAAAUAUUACAAACACAAGGUUUUAA